CUGGGAUACGCAACAAGAUCCGGAGUAGAGUCCACGGGCUAGAGGCGUUUGCUUUGGCCGUGUGUUGGGUGGCAUUCUUUCUUGUUUUGCAGGCGCUACCAAUCUUUUUACAGGGCUGUUUUAUCUGCGAUAAAAGAGCUUACUUCAUUCCGAGACAUGCAUCCAGCGACCGCCAAGUGGUACGACAGGAGGGACUCUGUUUUUAUAGAGUUCUGUGUAGCAGACAGCAAAGAUGUUAAAGUCAAUUUUGAUAAAACAAAGUGUGGUUUCAGCUGUCUUGGAGGAACUGACAAUGUGAAGCAUGAGAAUGAAAUAGACCUUUUCGACGCUAUUGAUGAAAAUGAAUCCAAACAUAAACGCACAGACCGCUCAGUGUUGUGCUAUCUACGAAAAGCGCAGCCAGGGAAGGCGUGGCCAAGGCUAACGAAAGAGAAGGCGAAGCUGAGCUGGCUCAGUGUUGACUUCAACAACUGGAAAGACUGGGAGGAUGACUCGGAUGAGGAGAUGGGCAACUUCGAUCAAUUCUCAGAUAUGAUGAACAACAUGGGAGGCGAGGAUGACCUACCUGAUCUAGACGGUGCCGAUGAUGAUGAAUCUGCAGAUAGCGAUGAUGAGAAAAUGCCAGAUUUGGAGUAGAAGACCAUAAGACUCUGGAGAGAAAACAGAAGAACAGAACGUGAGAAGAAUAUUAACAAAUGUAUAUCUUGAAACUGAAGGCAGUGACAGCUGUACAUAUAAGUCAGUAGCCAUAUUUAAAUCCAUAGCCUCAGCUCCAAACUUUUGACCAAUCAGUCCACUGAAGGUUGAUAUGCAUGGUAUUGUACAGAGCAGCUAUCUCCACUUCCAUUUGCUGUACUGCACCUUUUGGAUAUCUUGUUUUACUGUUAAAUAUUACAACUAAGCACACUUUUAUUUGUUGGAAAAAAAAACAAAAAACUGUAUAGUUGUCCUCAACUGAGAAAUGUGUGUUCAAGAGAUUGACAGUUUGUCUUCAAAUGAAUUGUGGUUUAAAGCUGAUUAGGCCCAACCAUACCUAAUGUUGUGGUUUUUAAGUUAGUUUACCAGUGUAGUUUCUCAUGAUUUUAAAAGAAAAAAGAAUUAGAAACACUUACCAAUUGGGUUCUUCUUCAAGCCUUUCUAAUGUGCUGUGAGUUAGAUAUCCAGGAAGACUGUUUCAGUAGCUUAACCUUCCAGCUUACAUGUUUCCCUUUACUUAUUGUUUAAUGGUUGUAAAAAAUUGGAAUAUUCUGAACUCAUUGCAGGCAUAUUUGCAUCUUCCCAGUGAUCGCCUACUGUACUUUGUUAAUCUGAAUGACUUCAACAUAUUGACUCUCUUUAUACCCACCUAACGUGCACACCCAUCUUUAACUGCAGAAGUGAGCGGAAAUGUUAUGCAGCUGGUAAAGGGGCUUGAACAACGCGGCGUGUUGGAACGAUACGGCGACAUGUAAUGACCAAAUCAUAUUUGCACUGUCAAUAAAAUGUAAGGGGAGACAAGUAAUGUUGAAUUAGAGUGGGAAUUCUUUUUUUUAUUGUCUACAUCUUUCUAAUAAACUGUUUAAGAAUCA